AUGAUUUUUAUAUCUCAAUCAAAAUAUGCAAAGGAGCUAGUGAAGAAGUUUGGUAUGAAAGAUUCAAAGCAUGUGCAAACCCCUAUGAGUACUUCAUCUAAAUUGGAUAGAGACUCGGAUCCUAACAAGGUUGAUCAUUUCUUGUAUAGGAGUAUGAUUGGUAGCUUAUUGUAUUUGGCAGCAACUAGGCCAGAUAUUUCUUUUAGUGUAGGUAUUUGUGCUACGUAUCAAGCUGAUCCUAGAGAACAACACAUUCUUGCAGUAAAGCACAUUAUUCAUUAUGUCAAUAGUAUUUUGAAUUAUGGAUUACAUUAUUCUUUUGAGUUUAACUCUGAGAUUGAAGGCUAUACUGAUGCUAAUUGGGCUGGUAACAAGGAUGAUCGAAAGAGUACUUCAGGUGAUUGUUUCUAUGUUGGUACUAAUCUUGUUUCAUGGUACAGCAAUAAGCAAAAUUGUAUAUCUUUAUCAUCUUGUGAGGCUGAAUACAUUGCUACUGGAAAUUGUUGCACACAAUUGCUUUGGAUGAAACAGACGCUUCUGGAUUAUGAAGUUGAUUAA